UCAUUGCGGAUAAACACCUAUUGAGGCAUCGCUGUAAAUCACUCCGCUGGUUAUUUCUUCUCAUGGUCAGAUAAAGCUCACCAUGUAUAUUAAUACGUUGCUGUUCUAUUUUUGUGGCAUAAAUAUCUAUGCAUUUGCAACGUUUAGGAUGAGUUACGCAUUGUUUCAUUUGUAUUUUUCACGUCCGCGUGUGUACGUGUCACUUUUUCCUCCCAUCCGGGAGUGCACUUGUGUUUAAAGAUUUUAUGUAUGCGUUGUGUAUUUGCUACAAUUACCACAUUUUGUUAUUUGUUAUAUUUGAUUCAGGGGACUGUAAGCAUUGCAGUACACCUGAUUGCAGAUAAACAUCUGAUGAGGCAACACUGUAUUUCAUUCCUGUGGUUAUUUCUUCUUAUGGUCAGGGCUGCAACAUAUAUUUGUAAAGUUUGCAUGGAACAAUUUAAAUAUUUAAGCUCCAGCUGGGUAGAACAUGUUUCACCCUUGAAAACGUUCAUUAUCUUAUGAAAAGAUUGGCAUUAACACAGAAGUCAUUUUAUUAUGCAAAGCAUAUAUGACCACAUGAGGUCCCCGUUGCACUGUUUGUUCGUCUGUUCGUCACCAGCCACUUGUCAUUUCUCUGAGCCGAUUCAGAAUGAGACAACACCUGUGGUAAAAGAAACGGGAAGAGUCAAGAAUAAAUACACACACACAAAUGAGUGAAACUGUUUAGACUGCAGAUUAUGACAUUCAAAAAAUACUUGUUGUGCACGAUGAAAACCUGCAGCGAAUCCCUUCUCCUAAUGCUGAAUUUGAUUUGUGUUGCUUUACCAGUUCUUGAGGCACAGCGUAUCAAAGUGUUGCCUGAAGUGACUGGAUACCUUGGAGAAGAUGUCACCCUGCCUUGCAACUUCACCCAAGGACAAACUCUCAACAGUAUUACUCACGUUCAGUGGAAUGUCCUGUCAUCAGAUAGAUACAGAACCACCCUCAUAGUUUUCAACAGUGCAUAUGGACUGGUUAUUCAUGAAUCUCCUCUGAAAGGGAGACUGGAGAUCGAAGGGGAAUCACUGAUAAUUAAGAGUGUAGAAAAGACAGAUGCAGGGUCGUAUGUCUGCAUCAUUUCAGCCUUUCCCAGUGGAUCAUAUGAAGGAACCACCAAACUUAUUGUUCAAGAGCGUGCCUUAACUCUUACAGAAAAGAAAGAACAGAUGGUGAUUUUACCAAAGAUGAUUGCUGCUGGAGUAUUUCUGCUGGUUGUGGUGGCCAUGUUAGCCACGACCCAUGUCAUUAUCAUCAGAAUGAGACGUUUUGGACAUGCAACCUAUCUGAGGGCAACUGAUACAGGUGGCCCAGUGGUGUGUGACUGAAACGGAUGAGAAACUACCGAAGACAGAGACGGAGAUACAGAAUACUAAUGAACUUCAUCAUUCUCUGCGAGGGCAAGCUGGAUAGCGUGGUUAUUUUUACCAUGAUUCUGCUAUUGAUUCGUAAAAUUAUAUACAGUAUACAGACCAGUGUUAUACUAUAUUUUAAUAAACUUUCGCUUACAGCAGCACAAUAUUGAAAAUGUGGUCAAAAUGGCUUGAAAUUAGGGGUUUCCUCCUAUGAUACUAAAAAAGAAAAAAAAAUUAAAUACCAGUAUAAUAACACAGUAUGCAAAAGCGCACAAAGUCACAACGUUCAGACUGUCAGAGAAGCAAAGGAAAACACCGUAACCAAAAAAGAACUAAAGCCAGCAAAAUGGUUCCACUUCACUUUUCACUUUCACAAUCUCACUUGUCAAACUCAUUGUCAUGAGUUGUCAUGCUCAGUUUGUACUAAGGGGCCCAAAGUCUGCAAAGAAAAUAUCCCCCACACCAUUACACCACCACCACCAGCCUGAACCGUUGAAACAAGGCCGGAUGGAUCCAAGCUUUCAUGUUGUUUAUGCCAAAUUCUGACCCUGACAUCUAAAUGUCGCAGCUGAAAUCGAGACUCAUCAGACCAGGCAACGUUUUUCCAAUCUUCUAUUGUCCA